ACGUCCACGACAUCCCUUUCCGAACCUCGUCGGAAAAUCCGACGCUUUUCGGAACAGCGCCCCACACUCUGUCCUCCUUGCCCUCAUUCCCACACUUCUCACCUACCGUACCAAGUUGCCAGCGGCUGCGAACGAACUGACAUCAAACACCCCACCAACGAAUACACCCCACCAAAUUCCGCUCGCACUCCACUCCACGUUUUGCGUCCAACCAACCAUGAGCACAGCAGCAGCUCCCCCCACUUCCAUUGCCAUUCUUGAAAAGCUGUCCGCGCUCAGGGAGGGCCUGAUAGAGCUGAAGCAGGACCGUACAACAUACGUGAAAUCACAUGACGUCGUCAGGCACUACGAUGAGCUCUGCGAAGGUAUUUGGAAGAUUUACGAUGUCGAGGAAUUCGAGAAGGGCUUUAAUGCGAAGGAGGAUUUAUCGGAGGGGCAGAUUAUAGAACGCGAUUUGGCAGAAGAUUGCUUUAUGUUGAUUUCACUGCUCUUCCUCACCGUCGGGAGGAAUAAUGAGCCUCCAGCUGUUUAUGCUCCAAGCGUGAUUAUCAAACGUCUUUUAGAACACCUCGCCGAGUCCGCCCAUUAUUCCCAGAAGGACCUCGAACCGAUAGAGCAGAAACUUAAUAAUAUGCAUGCAAAUGUCGAGCAGGGCGGCCCACUUUACAAUCCGUUAAUACUUGCCAUGCUCCGCGUCAAGAUUGUCGCUUGCCAGCAGUCCCUGAGGGUGCUCAAAACAGCGCUAGGUUCCAUUCCUCCAGAAAUAGCUCAUGUGCAUCAGAGGCUGGUGAGCAUGAGACGGUGCAUUAGAGCUUGUGAGGCUAAGCCUAAGUUCUCUGAAACAGAGGUUAUGGGAUAUCUGGCGACGGUUAAGGAGAUCGAUGCCACCCGGCUUGAUGGAAAGUUUGUGGCGGAGGAUGGUUCUAUCCCUUCCGAAGGACAGGAAAUUCUCGAUGGGCUCUUGCAAACUUGUUACUCCAUCAUUGAUGGAGCUCUAAAGAGACAGGGAGCGAUAGCACCAGGUCUCAAGCCGUUGGCUGAGAAAUUGAUGCAGACCAAGUCCCAAUUGGAGAAACUAGAAUUGACCCAGGCGUGGUCGCUGCGGGAAACUGAUCUCUACGACUUCUACAAGUUAGUUACAAGAAUCGACGAGUCAAGGGGGGACGGGAAGUUCCUGGAUACUGAAGGCAACACGCCAGAGGAAGGACAGACUGCUUUGCUAUAUAUGGUCAGACGAUGUUAUGCGCAUAUAUACAGUCUCAUCAGCUCGAGCGAGGCAAGUUACCCUCCCGUCAGCGAAGCACUGACACCAGUCUUCAAUCAAUUGCAAACAGUGCGGCGUUGUCUCAAGGAGGUCCAGAAAUUUGGUAUUCAAGAUGACAGAGAAUUGUACCCAUACAGCAUGAAGUUGGCUUCAAUCGAGAACAUGAGGGCAGAUGGCAGGUUCAUGGUCGGGAACGAUAUCCCAGAAGGUCAAGGAAGGGUCAAUUCGUUGUUGGCCGAAUGCUUCGAAAUCUGCCAUGAUCUUAGAACGAGCUGUCAAAAUGCAGGAGACUAGGAUGAUAUUAACGCCUACUCUAUAUGCACUCCAGAGGAUUGAAGUUCACUUCUGGCUCACUGCCUUUUGUUUUAUCCGGGUUCGAGUCUGGAUCAUCAAGAUGAUAACGUUUGUAUGGAUAUCAGGCGCAAUAAUUUAAGGGCAUGGUUAUUAAUUGAGCUUUGGUAUAUACAAUAUUGAUUGGCAAAGCUCGGCUUUGUUUUUUCUUUG